AUGGAUUCUCGGCUGGCAAAUACUUGGCGCCUGACCGUAAAUGAGAAGAAGUUUAUCGAGACUGCUUUGGCUUCCGACUUGAGAAUCGAUGGCCGGAAACCCCUUGAGUAUCGGAAGCUAACUAUCAAUUUUGGAAGGGAAGACGGGUCAGCUGAUGUGCAGCUAGGCCAUACACAUGUGAUGGGUUUCGUGUCUAGUCAACUUGUUCAACCUUACCGUGAGCGUCCAAAUGAAGGGACAAUGUCGAUUUUCACCGAGUUUUCACCAAUGGCCGAUCCUUCAUUCGAGUUAGGCCGUCCAGGAGAGUCUGCAAUAGAGUUGGGCCGCAUAAUUGAUCGUGGCUUAAGGGAAAGUAGGGCUGUGGAUAUGGAAUCACUUUGUGUUUUGGCUGGGAAGUUAGUUUGGGCCAUCAGGAUUGAUCUCCACAUCCUAGAUAAUGGAGGAAAUCUUGUUGACGCUGCCAAUGUGGCUGCUCUAGCUGCCCUGUUGACCUUUCGGAGACCAGAGUGCUCAUUAGGUGGAGACAAUGGACAAGAAGUGGUUGUACAUCCACCUGAGGUGAAGGAUCCGCUUCCUUUGAUAGUUCACCAUUUGCCUAUAGCAGUGACCUUUGGAUUUUUCAGCACAGAGUACACCAUGGUGGUAGAUCCAACCCAUAGCGAGGAGGCUGUUAUGGGGGGCCGUAUGACAGUAACAGUUAAUGCAAGUGGCGAUAUUUGUGCCAUUCAAAAAGCUGGAGGAGUAGGUGUGCCACAGAGUGAGAUUAUGCGAUGUUUACGACUUGCUUCUGACAAAGCUGAAUCUAUUACCAAAAACAUAAAAGACGCGGUUGAGGCGUUCAACACGGAGAGAAUGUUACGCAAGAUCAAGCGACAUUCUACUGCCGUAGCUGCCAAUGUUAGUAUAGAAAAUGAUGUCAAAGGGCAAAAAGACAAACUCACUGCGCAGAGAGUAAAUGAGUUAUCAAUGUCCCAGAUGGAGAGAUUGAAGCUAAAACCUGACGAAAGUUCCAUAUCCCAAAAUGAUGGUUUAGGUAGCGAGAUCAGAUCAUCGGAUCAAAUCAGUAAUCAGCGUGCCGAGGGAAAUGCUCCUCUUUUUCUUGGAGGGCCCUCAAGCUGGGACCCUCACACACAAGGUGUUGAUCCAGAUUUCCUAAAAGCUUCUCUUGCUGCACAAGGAAAAUCGAACCCCAAGGCUGAACAAAGUAGCGAAGACAGUGACGAUGAUGUAGCAAUGCAAGAAAAAGAAGUCUCUGAAGACGUCAAACCUCCGAGCUUAGCAACAGAUUCAUCCGAAACAGUAGAAGAACAAAAAACCAGCAUAGUGAAGAAGACUCUCAAGGACGCAGUGAAGCCAAAGAACAGGAGAAGAAAGAAGACGCGCUCUUAA